GGAUAGCCAGCAGAAAUUAAUCGAUAGCAGAACGAACCCCGCCAUCGAUCGGCUGCAAAAAAAAACCACCCCACCACGCAGAACAGUCACUUGCCCGCCGCGCAAGCCCGUCAAACUGACGAUCGUUACGAAGACAUUGCGACAUUACCAACACACAAUGGCGACUUCUACAGACAACGGAGCUUCUUCAGCCACGGCCGCAGCGACGAUCCAGAGCCUGCGGGAGUCUCUGUGCUCCGAGGAAACCCCGCUGCCCAUCCGAUUCCGCGCCCUCUUCUCGCUAAAGCAUGUUGCCCGUCAUGAACCAGGCCCCAACGCCCUUGCUGCCAUCGAUGCGAUCGCCGCCGCCUUCUCGUCGCCUUCGGCACUUCUGAAGCAUGAGCUGGCCUACUGCCUGGGCCAAUCGGCCAAUGAUGCCGCGAUUGCGCCUCUGCAGCAAGUGCUGGCCGACGUCAAGGAGGAUACCAUGUGCCGACAUGAAGCGGCGGAAGCUUUGGGAGCUCUGGGCAAUGCGAGCAACCUAGAGAUACUACGACAAUUCAGAGACCGCGAGGGCGAGGACAUUGUGAUCAUAGAGACAUGUGAAAUCGCCAUUGACAGGAUAGAAUGGGAGAAUUCGGAGGAACGCAAGAAGGAGAAGCUGCGUCAAAGUGACUUCGCUUCUAUAGAUCCAGCACCUUCGAUGGCCGAAGCCGAAGCCAUGCAGACUGUAGAGGAGCUCGAGAAGACCCUAAUGAACACAGAAGCUCCCUUGUUUCUCCGCUACAGAGCCAUGUUCGCCCUGCGCGACAUGGCCUCCCCACCAGACCUCCCAACGGCAGUCCCCGCGGUUCUUGCCCUUGCCAAAGGGUUCGCAGAUUCGUCCGCCCUGUUCCGCCACGAGAUCGCAUUUGUCUUUGGUCAACUGUCCCAUCCCGCGUCGAUACCCGCUCUGACCGCCGCAUUGAGCGAUACCGAAGAAGCCAGCAUGGUGCGGCAUGAAGCCGCAGAGGCUCUCGGAAGCUUGGGCGAGGAGGAAGGUGUGGAGGACGUCCUCAAACGCUUCCUUCAUGACAAGGAGAAGGUGGUGCGCGACAGCAUCAUUGUGGCCUUGGACAUGGUCGACUACGAGCAGAGCAAACAGACGGAGUAUGCUCUGAUCCCAGAGGCGAAGGCGGUAGCAGCAUAGCAUUGAGGAUGACAAUGGGGCAGAGUUUCGUGGGGCAUUGAUUGU